AUGACGGGAAUCAUGAACCGUGAGUUCGCGGAGUUGGCUCAGAACGGACUGAACUACCUGACUUGGGCCUCGGACGUUGAGAUCGUCCUCGAGGGCAAAGAGAUCAAGGGCGCGCUGAGUGCGGGGACCCCGAUGGCCCCAAGCACCACCACUCCGGCGCAAAAUGCGCAAGCGCUGCACUUCCUCCGCCACCACAUGUGUGGUACUCUAAAAAAUGAGUACAUGGCAGAACGGAGUGCUUCAGCCCUUUGGGCCGCCCUCAAAGCGCGGUUCUCUAGGCUGAAGUACACUAUUCAGCCACAGGCGGAGGCAGAAUGGAUGCGUCUGAGGUUUGCGGACUUCAAGACUGUGGGAGAGUACAACUCCGCAUUACACCGGAUUUGUACCUCGCUUCUCCUUUGUGGUACUACUAUCACAGAUAAAGAGAAGAUAGAGAAAACCCUCUCUACCUUUCAUCCAACUGCUAUUCAGUCUUCGCGGAACUACCGCCAGGAGAAAUUUCAGCAGUAUGCAGCGCUCAUUGAUGCCCUCCAGGUUGAUGAGGCGCAGGAUGAAGUUAUCAAAAAGAACUUCUCCUCGCAGCCUUUCGCUGGAGGUCCAAGUCAGGAAGUAAAUGCCGGCGCAUAUAAAGUGCGCAAGCCAAUAAUGAAGAAGCGAGGCAAGAAAGGCAAGAAGGGACCUAACCCCCCAACCCGGCCAAGAACCAACAGGCCGGGAAGGGGGAGGCAGUGCCAGGCCCCUAAGCACGUCGUGGACGCGUACAAGGCCAAGAAGGCACGCGAGACGCACCUUCUCCAGGUGGAGGCACCACCGGCACCCGCUGUGGCGCCCGUGAUGAUCCCCGUGCCCAACGGCGCGCCCAGAAUGGCGCAAGUUGAGGCACCUGAGGCGGCACUCCAGGUUGUUCCCGUGAACGCCGGAGUGCCCAUGGAGGUUGAGCACGUUGUGCCCCCUCCCGUGCCCCAGUUGGACAUUGAUGCUGCCGCGGCAAUGAUAGCCAACGGAGAGAAGCUUACUGAGAUGGAGAUAUCUGCUGAGGUCGAUGGUUUCCUCGCGGACUCCAUCUAA